AUGUCUUCCCCUUGCCUAAAGAACAAUACUUUGACAUUUUUUAUUGCAAAUUGGAUUAUAUCAAGACAAACAUCAGAACUUUUAGAUCUAAUUAGGCUUGAUACAUGGAGCCGAAUUGAUAUAGUAGGAAGACAAGAAGCUCGUAUUGUUGAUAUAAAAAAUUUCAAUCAAAUUUUAAUUGAAGUCGAAGAAAAAAUUGAAGGGGUUACUAAAAAUUUUCUAGUGAAUGUUCAUAAUAUUGAAAGUGCAAAGAAAGCAAGACUUUUACCAAUAAUUCAGGAAGAUGAUGGAUUGGAAAAAAUAGAUUGGCACGAUAGAAAUUAUAUGGAGAAAGAGAAACUUAAAGUCGGUAUAGGUGAACAAGGACGACCUGCUUAUCUUAUGUCUUAUGAGGCCGAAAGUGAAAAAUUAUUAUUUAACGAAUAUGGUUUUAAUGGCUUAUUAAGUGAUAAAAUUUCUCUAAAUAGAUCAGUGCCAGAUAUUCGUUACGAAGGUUGCAACUCAAAAAAAUAUCUUGCAGAAUUGCCGUCGGUCAGUAUAAUUAUAGUAUUUUAUAAUGAGCAUUGGAGUACAUUACUUCGAUCUGUAUAUAGCUGCUUAAAUCGUUCUCCAUCUCAUUUAAUCAAAGAAAUAAUUUUGGUGGACGACUGCAGCGAUAAAGAAUUUUUAGGAAAGCAGUUGGAUGAUUUUAUAGCUGAAAAAUUACCUAAAGUUCAGGUAAUACACCUUCAAGAACGAAGUGGGUUAAUUUUAGCACGUUUAGCUGGAGCAAAGCAAGCAACAGCAGAAGUUUUAAUAUUUUUAGACUCACAUAUUGAAACUAAUUACAAUUGGUUACCUCCACUAUUAGAACCUAUUGCACUAAACCCCAGAACAUCCGUAUGUCCCUUUAUUGACGUGAUAGAUCAUACAACUUUUGAAUAUAGAGCGCAAGACGAAGGUGCUAGAGGAGCAUUUGAUUGGCAGUUUUUUUAUAAGAGAUUACCUUUACUACCUGAAGACCUAAUAGAUCGAACUAGACCAUUUAACAGUCCAAUAAUGGCUGGUGGGUUAUUUGCAAUAGGAAAAAAAUUUUUCUGGGAACUCGGAGGCUAUGACGAAGGUUUAGACAUUUGGGGUGGAGAACAAUAUGAACUGAGUUUUAAAAUUUGGAUGUGUGGUGGUAAACUAAUUGAUGCACCUUGUUCAAGAGUUGGUCAUAUAUACAAAGAAGUUAUAACUUUUAAGAAUCCUAGAUCAAAUGACUACCUUCAUAAGAACUACAAGCGUGUGGCUGAAGUUUGGAUGGAUGAGUAUGCCGAAUACCUUUACGAUCGUGAUUCUGAAAUUUAUAGUAAAAUCGAUACCGGUGAUUUAACGAAGCAGAAAACUAUCAGGACGAAUUUAAAAUGCAAAUCAUUUAAAUGGUUCAUGGAAAAAAUUGCUUUCGAUUUGCCAAAAUAUUAUCCUCCUGUUGAACCACCAGAUUUUGGAUUUGGUGUAAUUCAGAGUUAUACUAAUCCGAGUUUUUGUCUUGAUUCUUUAAAUAAAGGGUUAAACGAAGAGGUUGAACUUAAUUUCUGUGCACAAAAUCUAACACAUCCUCAUGGAAGUCAAAAUUGGGCUUUAAGUUGGCAUAAAGAUAUACGCGUUAGACAUAAAACUGAAUGUUUGGAUGUUUCACAGAGUAUCAAAGAUUCGCCUGUUACAUUAUAUGCUUGCCAUGGACAACAUGGUAAUCAAUUAUGGCAUUAUGACAUAAAAUCAAAGUGGCUUGUUCAAGGUCAAAGUAUGCGAUGUUUAGAAGCAGCACCAAAAGUAGGAAAAGUUUAUGUCAAUGAUUGUAGUGAAUCAAACUUAAACAUGAAGUGGAAUUUGGGUUACGUAAAUGUAACUGCAAUUGAAAACUAUGGCUUAAAUUCUGAUUCUCUCUAA